AUGGGGAGAGGUCAGGAGGCGGGGCCUCAGCCACACCAGGGCUCCGGCGAGCACGUCUGCCAACCCGCUCCGGCCACCAACGCGGGCACUGGCAGAAACGUUCCGCCUCGCAAGGGUUCCGCCUCGGGAUCCUUCCUCGCCACCAGCCGGGCGGCCGUGUGUGCCACAGGGUGGGGCACACUCCGGGAAGGGGAGGGGAUUGCAAGGCCUGGGCACUCGUUCACGCCAGCAAAUUCCUGGCCCCACGGGAGCAGCUUCCAAAAUAGCUUUCAAAUUAUCACGGAGAGUCUCUGGGUGCCCAUGGAAACCGCACUGCCCCCUGCACCACGGUUCCUUAACAGAUUGAAAACUACAGCAUCCACAGUACAGACUUUAUCAAUGUCUCGCACUUUGACUCAAAAAGUUCCAUGCUCUUUGUGGAAACUGGGGCGACUCAAUCAUGUAGCAAUUGCGGUACCUAAUUUGGAGAAGGCCCAGUCUUUUUACAAGAGUGUUUUAGGAGCCCAAGUGAGUGAGACAGUUCCUCUUCCUGAACAUGGCGUCUACACUGUUUUUGUGGAGCUGGGAAACACAAAGCUAGAACUGCUGCACCCUCUGGGAGAAAAAAGUCCAAUUGCAGGCUUUCUGCAAAAAAACAAGGCUGGAGGAAUGCAUCAUAUCUGCAUUGAGGUUGAUGAUCUAAAAGCAGCUAUGACAGAACUGAAGGAAAAGAAGAUCCAAAUAUUGAGCGAAGAGCCCAAAAUAGGGGCGCAUGGCAAGCCAGUGAUUUUUCUCCACCCUAAAGAUUGUGAUGGCGUCCUUGUAGAACUUGAGCAAGCCUGAGCUGUAAUUCUGAAAGAUGAAACUAUGAACUAAUUGCAAACCUAAUGAGAUGGUGUUGGAAUGUGUAUUAUGCCUUGCACCGUGUAAAAGUCAUUGUACUUGAUUCUUUCUUGUUGAUUAAAUGCAUUACAGCUCUUAAGUUGUGAAAUGUGGGGAAAUAACACUACAUCUAGGAGGAAGCUGAAGCACUAUUAACCCUCCUCGUCAUUUGGGGCUAUGACUUUUGUUUUGUUGUUCAGACCUUCAAAAAUAAUAUAUUUAAAUGUGUUUGGAUUCCAUUAGACUAUGAAUUCAAAUAGUAACAUGAGCUGAGGUACAUAUACAAGAUAUAGUCAUUUAUUUUGUUAUAUCACAGUUUGCAGCAUAAUUUUUAUAUAUAGAUUUCUAGGUUACCCCACAUAAUUUUGCUCUAUAUUACCCACUUCUAGAUGAUAAGAAGAUGGCUCGGAUAUCCCUGUAAGAAAGAAGUCUACAAGAUAACAUUUUAUUUUCUGUCUCCACCAUUAUAAGCAUUAUCUAAGCUUCACAUUGAUUGGUUCAUUCAAUUAUAGGAUCCUUGUGUUAUUGUAUGGAUGUCUGUGAUCGCUAAGCAACUGUUCUGUAUCACAACAAUUGCUGCCAAGAAAACUGUUGUUUCUAAAUCACCAUUUUAUAGCUUUAUGUAUUUUAUGUAUAUGAAAAAAAAAUCAAGAUUGACAGAGGAAUAAUUUGUUUAUUUUAAAUAUACUCUGAGUACCAAAUGAUUAUUUUGUUUUAGUUUUGUCAGCAGAUAUAUCUCUGAUUUUCAAAUUUAGCCCAUACUGAUUUAUUCUGUUUUCUUCCUAACUGAUCUCAAGUGCCUGCACUGAAACUUGACUCUUUUUUGCGACAUACAAAAAAAAGGCUAGUGAUUAAUAUUUAAAUUUAUAGUUUGUUUUCUAAUACAAAAACAUUUUCAAGUGCUAUCUUAUUAAAAUUUGUAUGAAUUUUUAUUUUACCAAGAGAUAAAUAAAGCCAUCUAGGUCCUGAUGCUGCAAAUACUAACUUUACAUCUGUGAGUAAUUCCACUGAAGUCAGUGAGACUACUCAUGUUUGAGUGUUUGCUGGAUUGGGACCAUAGUUUAUAAGUGGACAAAUCCUGUUCACUUUAUUCUCAAGAAGGCUCCUGUUCACUUUAAUGAAUCAUAUGAGUAACAUAAACACCAGUUGACUCAAUCUCUUCUUUUACAUUUUUUUUUUGGGGAGGAGGGCAUCUACAGCAGAAAUAGAAAUUGCAUAUAUGAAGGCCACAUCUUUAAAUGUUAAAUAAAUAAUAAAGAUCAUUAAAGGAUUUAUAAAGAA